AUGUACCACACGGACACCGUGUUCGACACUUUAAAACGAGUUGAACUAGUACAAAAAUUGUAUUUCGAAAUAUAUCACUUAGUAAACAUGGUACAUGAAAUAAAUAGGAAGUACAAGUAUGUCCCUGAAAGUAAAUUGAAGUUGAUAGGCAAAAAAGAGAAAGUAGCGAAAGGAGUUGUAACGAAGGAACCUGGCCAAUUCGGCGAUCAGCAAAAUUAUGUAAACCCAGAUAUGCCGGUCCUAUCUCUUGAAGGAUUAUCGUAUCUAGACCAAAAAGAAGUGAUGAAACAAAACGAGAAACGUAAGAAGAAAGAAAAGAAGAAAAGGGAAAGCUUUAUGAGUAAGCUGGCAGUUAUAAAGGAACAAGCGAAUAAUAGGAAACCUAUUAAGAAGAUCUACAAUAAAUUUUGGCCGAAAGAUUACGGAUGGGAAAUUGACUAUUACUGGUAA